ACUCCCUGCCUGCCUAUGAUCUGCAACUCCCUGCCUACCUAUGAUCUGCAACUCCCUGCCUGCCACUCCCUGCCUACCUACGAUCUACAACUCCCUGCCUGCCUACGAUCUGCAACUCCCUGCGACCUCCCUGCCAAUCUGCUGCAAGUUGUAGCGCAUCAACAGCUGGAGGGCAGCAGGUUUGACAUCCGCGCCGCCUCGUCCUAUGAGAUUGAGGCAGUGUGUCCCUUUAACAGCUGGGGAAGGGGCUGCGCUGGGAGGAGGAGGAGGGAGCUGUCUCCGCUUUGUUUGCAGACGGAUUCGUCUUUCCCCGAUUUCCCGACUGGGCUCCCAGUCUGCUCCAAGCGCCGAGAGCGCUGCUCAACCCGAACCGCAGCACAGCAUGUAUCCUUCCCCCCGCAUGUAUCCUUCCCCCCGCAUGUAUCCUUCCUCCCGCUGAGAGCCAUGGAGCGGGGUAGUGUGACCGCAGGCUUCAGGGGGGACCCGGGGCAGCUCAUUCACAGAUCGCUGGACUUCAAGAGCCAGGGGGCGCAGUGCUACAAAGACAAGAAGUACCGAGAGGCCAUUGGCAAGUACCACCGGGCGCUGCUGGAGCUGAAGGGACUGCCCGUGGAUGGGGACAAUCCUGCCGCAGGGGGCACUCAGCAGGCUCCGCUCCCCGGGCAGGGCAGGCUAACGGAGGAGCAGAGAAGCGCGGUGGAGAAUAUCGAAGUGGAUUGUUACAAUAGCCUGGCAGCGUGCCUCCUGCAAGCGGAGCUGGUGAAUUACGAGCGGGUGAAAGAGUACUGCCUGAAAGUCCUUAAGAAGGAAGGGGAGAAUUUCAAGGCCCUGUACAGAUCCGGCGUGGCCUUCUACCACCUGGGAGACUAUGACAAAGCAUUGCACUACUUGAAGGAAGCCAAGAGCCGACAGCCAACAGACACCAAUGUGAUCAGGUACAUCCAACUGGCCGAGAUGAAGCUUAGCAGAAGCACUCAACGAGAGAAGGAGCUGUCAUAGAAAAGACCACUUCACUAUAAGAAGGGAUUGUGCCACUGUUUCCUCACUACAAGACGAGUGGGUCGGUGAUUUAUUUCUCAUUGACCUUUUUGCGCUUAAAAAAAAAAAAGAUCCAACCCAGCUUUGGAUGCAUCUCUGCUUAAGUGCCCUAGAGCCCUGAUUAAAGAAGGACCAGGAGAGACAAAGGAACUGGACUCUCAAUACUGAUCCACUGUCAUGCUGAGACUGACAUAAUCCCAUGUGUUCUUGCAAAGCGCUCUGCCAUUAGCUUGCACCCAGCAAUGGGGUUAAACGGGUCACUGCCUUCAUAUUCUUGUACACAGUGUCUUUUAUUUUUUAAUGGAUUAUGGCUGUUACUGUUGAAAUUGAAUGGGACUUGUUUGCAAUAGAUAACCCUACAAACCAGGGUUGGACAAGCUAUGGCCUGUCCAGCUCUCACUGAACUACAACAAAGAAUGGUGGGAACAAGAAUGGUGGGAACUGUGGUUCAGCAGCAGCCACAGGUCAGCAGUUCCAAACACCAACUUAGAUUCUGCAAGAUUCUUUUAUAAUCACUUGUUUGGUUCUUUGACUGCGCUAAACCUUUCUUCAGAUCAGGGGGUAGGGCGGUGGCACGGUCUCUCGCCACUUCAUUUUUAUACUCUGUACCGAAGGGUGCAGUUGCCACCUUAGCAGAUAAGGAGGAAUAAUAACAGAUUAUAAACCUAAUGCACUGAAAAUGAUGAGGGUAAGGUCAGUAUGCACAGUGGCAUUGGUUAGUAAAAUGGUAUCUAGGUAAGGGAAGAUAGCAGCUGAAGGCUUGAGUCAUUACGUUAUUUGGCCCUUGGCUGGGUUACAUCCGACAGUGAGUAAUCUAAUUCCAGUAUAUUGAGUGACAGGACAUAUGACUCUCUAGUAAGGGGCAAAUAUCAUAAUAUAAUGUAAGCAUUUCUCUCCCACCCUCAUACAUACAGACAAAACGGAAACAGUCAUACUCCCAUAGCUGGAACAUCAGAACACCAGCGUAUUUGAUAUAGUGGAAUAUACUGCCGCUAGGACUUCGUCUGGCAGCCUAUUCAUUGGGAACAAAUUGUUAUCGAAAUACCUAUGUCUUUCAUGUAUGAGGUUUGAAUCAAAACCAGAUCCAGCAGAGCCAUAUGUCAUACUAACCACUCUGCCUGGUAAGAGAUUCAGUUGUCACUGAGGGUUCUCAUACAGAGGUGCCAUUUGCAGCAAGUCUGGCGCAGUGCCCAUACCGCUCCCCUUUGGACAUUUCAGAAAGAGACACUGUUGGGUAUGUAUCAGUCUGUACAGCUCUAACUUUUAUUAUAGCCCAAAUAACUGUCGUUUUUAGGAUUCGGAUCUUAACCGGUGGUCUUUUUUACUUUGAAUAGGGUUUUUUUUAAUUCUUUCACUGUGCUGAUUAUUUCAUGGAGAAAGCAUGGCUGUUGAAAGGGUUUUUUUACCCUUGUCAUUUUGGCCACAACUUUGAAUUCUACUAAUUUAAAACCAAAUGUUAGUAUAAAUAUGUCUUUUUUAUUAUUAUUAUUGUUCUUUAUUUAGUUCCAGGAUAUUGCAUUUUACAGCAUUCUCAGUCCCUAUACCAAUAGAGCUUACAGUCUAAUCUCCUUAUCAUAGAUCUAGGAGCUAAGGAGUGUUUGAUCCAAAGCCAGGGUUUCUCAGAAUACAUGGGAGUACUCUGUGCAGUAAAGUGCAAUUUUGGACACAAUUUGCCAUGUUUUUUAUUACCCAGAAUGCAGCAUUUCCGCCACAAUUCCAGGGUUAUUGUGGCCAUUAGGGACAGCUGCCUCUCUCAAGGUGGUGCGCAGUUUGCUCGCAUUUUGCAAUUGCACUGAAAAUCAGGAUGUGUUUGUUUCCGGUGCUUGGCACAAUUAUUUAGGCACGAGAUGCUGCACUUAUUGACGCAUCCCACAGUGGGAGCCGGGAACCUUGGAGUUACCGGCAGCUUGAAGGUGGCAGUUGCUCUAGGAUUCACCUGUGUCAAUAGGUAAACUUGGGAGCGAUUAGUAAUAGGAGGCAGAGUGGGUGCAAAGGCACCAAACACAAAUAUAAGGAAGUGCAAUGUCUGUAUCCAUUUUUGUGUGACCGCAACUGAGGCUGCGGUGGUGAAUGAGCCCUAUAUUGUAGGGCCCUAUUUUUUUAGGUGUUUAAAUUCCCCUUCUAUUCAUUGUGUCUGCCCCAUUAUUAAUACCGAUACAGACGCCCAAGUGUUCAGCGCCUGUAAGUACCAGUAUUUUGAUUUUGUGUUUUUCCUAUAAGGAGACAGCAGUACUGACUGGGUAGGAGGCUGAAUGAAUGCAUGACGCUUGAUUCUCCUGUGUAUGUACUUUUGUCACUUGGCUGAAAUGAAAAAAUUGUCGCUUUGUUUCUUGGAGAAAUCCACUCCAUUUUGUCACUUAUCUAUCUGAUUUGAUCGUGCAUCAAGCCAUUUAUAUUCAUAGAAGAAUUGAUUGAGUGGAGGCCGUGCAAUGCUGAUUUUUCUGCUUAUAUAAAUAUUAUUCCAUUCCUCAAUAGAAAAUGUAUCUCUAUGCCGUGUGGUGGAAGCUGUGACUUGCAAGGCCAUGAACUGAUAUUUUAUUAUAGGAGAGCCAACCUCCCAUAUUAUGGAAUCUGGUACACCCCAUUUUCUGUAUGUGGGAUUCUGGGAGUUGUAGUCAAUGAACAAUCAAUGAACAAUCGUUUGUGCUUUAGAAAAAGAUAGGCAUGACACUGUUUUGAAAUCUCAUGCAGAGAUGAAGAAUAGAACGUGAGUGAUGCGCAGGACUGUAGAUGUAUUAUUUUUAUAGCCAGGGUUCUCACAAAGCGCUUAUUAUAAUGCCUUGGUUAGCAGAAUGGCUGCAUUGGUUUGUACCUCUAGGGUUAUUGGUGCUGUAAUGCUUCAAAAACACUGUUAUAUGAAAGAGCAUAUUGUAUCAUUUCCAGAUCUCUCUGUCUAUACAGACAUAUCUAUAUAUAUAUAUUAUAUGUAAAUGUUAAAUGUGAAAAAUUAUUAUUUGUGAAUUUGCCAGUGUUUAUUUUUAUAAUUUUCCUUUAAAGGGGAUGAAUUAUAUUUUAGCUUCACCCAAAUCUUCCUCCCCUGGGUACGGAGAACCUUAAGAAUUUUGCUUAGUGCAGGUGACAUAGACUAAUCUAUGUUUUUCUGUAUAGGCUAUGAGAAAACCUAGACAGCUGUACCUUCCUGGCCCAGACAAUCUGUGGAUUCUGGCAAAUGCCAGGGGGGCUGCUGUAAGAUGCCAUAGACAGUCACUAUUUAUUGGGCCGGUGGGGGGCUGUUUGAAGUGUCAGGGCCUAUUUUAUAUCCCAGUUCAGACCUAGUCCCUUUUACACAGAGUUUCCCUUGUGGUCCGGUUCGGCUGGGCAAGACCCACUGCCCAUCAUGGGCUGCUAGGCCGUGCAGCUUCUGCUUCUUGCCAUGCAGGCCCGGAUUUGUGGAGAGGCCACAAAGGCCCGGGCCUAGGGCGGCAGAAGUUUAGGGGCAGCAUGCCGCCCCGCCACAAGAACAUUUUUAAAUUUUGCUCCCAUACGGAGCAGUCGGGACCUCUCCCCACUGCUCCGUAUGGGAGUUAAAAAGAGCGUUCGCGCAUGCGCAAUGAGGAGCUGGCGCUUUGCGCAUGCGCACUGGGGUGCGCGUUUGCGCAUGCGCAUGGGGGACUCCCACAGGGGCGGCCUCGGGGCGCACCGGAUAGAAAUCCGGCCCUGUUGCCAUGGGGUUAUAACACAAUCAGAGGCUCUAGGAGUUAAUAAUAAAGAUUGCGGCCAGCCCACUUCAAAACCAAUAGCAGCUUAGUAAAGACUAAAUAACACCUUUAUAAAUGCUAAAUGAUGCACUCAUAAUAGAUAAAGCUAUCAUGGCCCUUAAAGUAGUAAAUGCUCUUCUAUAUUUGAUUUGGGGGUUUAAUCCCUUUCCCCCAAAAAUGAAAAUGUUGCUCUUUUAACAGGCUGCAGGGUUCCCAUUUAUCAAUUUUUUAGGCAAAUUCCUUCUCCAACAAGCGCAAAAAAAAUAAAACAUGUUACAAAUGUAUUGAGCCUAUUCUUUUAAUUUAAAAGAAUCCAUAUAUUCUUUAUUUGUUGUUUUUUCAUUAUAAGUCAGAGAUUAUUGUUUUGCUUUUUCACCCUGACUAAUGAGUUCUGAAUAAACAAGUCCAUCCCUUUCCCUUUAUGUUGAGCCUGUCUCUGGCUUACAGAUAAAGAGCAGUUCAUUAUGCAGGGGGCAUGGUGCAAUUUGAUUAAUUACCUUCUACACCCCUACUGUUUAACCAGGAAGUUGUAGACCGUAAUUAAUAAAGCUUCACUAAAACAAUGGGCAAAACAUUUGCUGAGCCAAAGCCCAAAGGUGAACUGCCCCUUCAUAUGAAUUGUAUAGUAAGAGGACAUAGCUGUGCACAUAGAACAUCCAUUCACAUAUAAGAGUAUAUUUAUCAAAGACACAGUUUACAAGUGAAUUUCCGCCACUUUCAUUUAUUUCUAUGGGACUUUUAAAAGAGUAUUUAUUAAAGAGUAAAAGUCCACCAUUUGGUGCUGAAUGCAUCUAAAGGCAUUUUCUUACCAAAAAUGAGGAAACAAAUGUCUCUCUUUAUCUUAAUACAAAUGAAUUGCAGGCUGUCUGUAGACAAGAGCCACCAAAGAAAUGAUUUUCACAAAAAUGCAGUUGCACAAAAAGUAGUUCCGGCCUCUUUCAUGUCACUUUGCUUCAGGUCUGCUGAGAGGAACUAUUUUUGUGACCGGAUUUAGCAGGAUCUUGCUAGUCACAGUGGCCCUAAUCAUGGCCCAGGCCCUUAAUACAGAUAUGUGAGGCAAGAUCUGGAUGUCUGGCUAGAGAAGCUAUCUAACUACUGGGUACUGCACAAGCUAUAUAUCCAUAUGAUGCUGUAUUAUACACUCACCCACGCGCACAAUGGCACCCUGUACUGCCACACAUACCACACUACAUUUUUAAGCAGCUUUGGCUGGUGUCUGUGCAAUAUGAGGAUGAAAUAACAUGAUCCAUUAGAGAAACUAAUGGAUCAAAGUCUGUUUGGGCCCUUUCAACUGAACAUCUUUAUUUAUAUUCCAACCCCUUAGUGGUAUACUUCACCUUUAUGUUACUUUUAUUAUGUUAUAGAGUGUAUUUUUCAGGGCAACAUUUCAUUUGGUCUUCACUUUUUAUUGUAUAUUGGUUUUAAUCAAAAUGCCUUUUUCUGACUUUCAAGUGUGGGUCACUGACCCCCAGCAGCAAAAAAACACAAUUUUUCUGUUAUUUUUGUAUUUCUUGUCUUUCUAUUCAGGUGAUUCAUUUUUAGUCUCUUAUUCAAACAGCUGCCUUGUUGCUACGGUAAACUGGACCUUAGCAUCCAGUGGCAUAACUUUGUGGGCCUGAAAUACCUUGACUUUGCAUGUAUCAUGGGUCAUACAUGAAAUUGCAGAUCAUCUGCAACCCCCCUCCCCUUGCAGGCCCCCCUGUAAAUAGAAAGCAGACCCACCCGGAUCCAUGGCCAGGGAGACUCUGUAGUUAACCCCCACUGCUAGAUAACAGAUAGCUGCUUCAAUUCCAAACUGGACAGCGGCUGAACAAAGAGGAGAAAAUAUCCAAAUCCAUAAUAAUGAAGACCAAUGCUAAUUGUCUCUGAAUACCAAUGUCUACUUCAUACUAAAAGUACAUUUCAGGUGAACUGUCCCUUCAUAUGAAUUGUAUAGUAAAAGGACUGUAGCUGUGCACACAGAACAUCCAUUCACAUACAGGGGUAUGUUUAUCAAACAGUGAAGUUAGAGCUCACCUCAGUCCACUAGUGUGAAAUUCCGCCACUCUAAUUUAUUUCCAUGGGACUUUUAAAAGAGUAUUCAUUAAAGAGUGAAAGUUAAAGUUCACCCUUUUAUAAAUAUGCCUUUAAAAAUACCAUAGAAAUGAAUGGAGAGUGGCGGAAUUUCACUCAAGCCGACUGAAUGAACAGUGGUAUAUGGAAAAGCACAACAGCCACAGCCCAAUGAUUGUAAAUAUACUCUACUCAAGGUGAGUUUGAUGUAAGCAGUAUGGCAACUCCAGCCCAUGGCUAAAUGUGAAUUUGCAAAGAAGCAAUAUUCUCUAUGGCCAAUAAAUGAUGCCCUGGUACUGCAGGUAUAUAUUAUUAUGUGCAAUUGGUAUAAUUCCUGAACAGACUGGAAAGGCAAGCUGUACACGCAAGCAACUGCCUCUCUCUUCUCUUCAUCUUUUCACUACACUUAUGUCUGACAACAGUAAUGUUACCGUUUUUUUGUGUUUUUCUUUUUCUAUUGUUUUUAAUUAAAUAUAGGAUUUAAUAUAUGAAAUGUUCUGUAACUUGACACUAUUGAAUAAAUGACCUAUGCUAUUUAAA